UUGUUGACAUUUGCGUUGCCAAUCUGCCAAUCGCCAUUCGCCAUUAUCAUUGUAUCCACCAAAUUAACUGUGCAAUGCCAAAGUUGUUAUUAUUUUUAGUAGAAACAUAAACGUGCAGAUUGCUGCAGUUUAAAGUUUCAAUGAAUUAAACCAAGUAUUUUUAAUUUGUCUUAAAAUAAACCAGGAAUCACAAUGAGUAGUGGAAGCCACCAAUAUUUACAAAACACGAGCCAAAAGCCCUGUGUACGUACUGGUGAUAUUGAGCAUUUGUCUCAAUUGUCUGAGAAUUUGGCUGCCUUAUGUUUAAAUCAAGAACAUUCUGAUGUUACCCUUGUAGUUGAGGGGCAGAAAUUAAAUGCUCAUAAGGUUAUUUUAGCUGCCCGAAGCGACUAUUUCAGAGCUCUUCUAUAUGGAGGUAUGAAGGAGUCGAGCCAGAAUGAGAUUCUAUUACCAGAUGCUCCAUUAAAGGCUUUUAAGGUUCUCCUUAAGUACAUUUAUACAGGCCAUAUGUUCCUAACCACCUUAGAAGAAGACGUUAUCCUAGAUACAUUAGGCUUGGCGCACCAGUAUGGAUUUCAAGACUUAGAAACUGCCAUAUCGGAUAUUCUGAGGCAGUUGCUUGCUUUAAAUAACGUAUGUGCCAUUUUAGAUGCCGCUCAUCUCUAUGGGCUAGAUAACUUGGUCAAAGUGUGUCACAAUUUCUUAGACAUGCAUGCUUCCGAAAUACUAACUCAGGAGUAUUUCAUACACCUUUCACAGGCAUCUCUAGUAGAACUCCUCCAAAGAGACUCAUUUUUUGCUCCAGAAGUCGAAAUCUUCCGAGGUGUUUGCAACUGGUGCAAAGCCAAUGAAGAUAAGGAUGAUUUAGUCAUGAAAUGUGUCAGAUUACCGUUAAUGAGUGUUGCUGAUCUUCUGUCGGUAGUCAGACCUGCCGAUUUGGUCAAACCAGAUGCUCUAUUAGAUGCUAUUGCUGAAAGGACCAAUAUUAGGUUAAGCAGUUUACCACACAGAGGACAGUUGGUAGUUUACGAAAACGUAGCGUGUCCUAGACUUGGUUCAAAAGUAGUAUCUGGAGAGUUGAUGGAGUAUUUGCUGGACAGUGAUCACUACUCAUACGAUAUGGAAAGAGGCUACACGAGACACGCGAUAAACGGACCUGGUGAUCAUGGAAUCAUUGUCAAGUUGGGUCAGCCUUCCAUUAUAAACCACAUUAGGAUGUUACUGUGGGAUAGAGACCUAAGGUCCUAUUCAUACUAUAUUGAGGUAUCCAUGGAACAAAAGGAUUGGGUCCGAGUGAUCGACUACAGUCAGUACAGCUGUCGUUCCUGGCAAAACCUCUAUUUCGAAAACAGAGUCGUCCAAUACAUCAGAAUAGUCGGCACGCACAAUACCGUCAACAAAGUGUUCCAUCUGGUGUCUCUGGAAGCGAUGUUCAAAUUAAAACUUCCGAAGAUGGUGAACGACAUUAUAUGUCCGGAUUACAAUGUGGCAGCGCUGGACAAAAACGCCGUGGUCAUCGAAGGGGUCAGUCGUUCCAGGAAUACCCUUUUGAACGGCGAUGCAAAACGAUACGACUGGGAUUCUGGAUAUACCUGUCAUCAGUUGGGAUCUGGAGCCAUUCUUAUCCAAUUGGGCCAACCUUACAUCAUAUCAAGUCUUCGUCUCCUACUUUGGGACUGUGAUGAUAGAAGCUACAGCUAUUACAUCGAAUCGUCUAUAAAUAUUUGGGAGUGGGAAAUGGUGGUCGAUAACACAAGAGAAAGCUGCAAAUCGUGGCAGGUUAUCAGAUUUUCACCUAGACCGGUUGUAUUUAUCAGAAUCGUCGGUACUCACAAUACAGCAAACGAGGUAUUCCAUUGUGUUCAUUUCGAGUGCCCUUCGAUGGAGGACGUAGAACCGGCUUCCAGUCCGAAACAAAAGAGAUUGAAAGACACAUGCGUUCAAGAAGCUGGGGCUCAAGCGCCUGAAACAGCUACAGAAGCCGAAGAAAUGCCUACGGAUGAUGUAGAUAACGUAUUGCAAUAAAAUUUACAAUAAUAGAAGUAAUUAGUAAAUAUGUAUAAAUUGAGGGUAGGAUUUUGGCUCUGCGUAGAGAGAGCCGUUAGUUAUUUUCUUGUUAGGUUGUACUUUCGACUUGAAAAUCAUCAGCAAGAGUACGUUCUUGAAUUUUGGUAUUGAUAUCAAAACCUAUAGACAGUUACGUGUACAAAAGUCAAUAAGUCACAUUCGGUGAGUAAAAUAUAGGCAAUUUUUCUUACACGCCAAUAAUAACAUGUUAACAAGUCCAAUAAGACAAUAGUCCAAGAGGCAGCGCUGAAAAAUCUCUUUGAAUUUACUAAAGCUAGAUUUUUCACAGUUGAUUACUGUGAUUGUGUAGAGAAACAUACUGCGGUCGGUCAAGCGAAACGUAGAACAGGGGUUACUGAGAGGGUAUCAAAGUUGCUUUCCUACGAAGGUAAUUAAAUCCAUUUACUAAGGCUGAAAAUCAGUACACACAUUCUGAAUUAAAAAAGUUAUUAUAGUCGGUCAGCUGUAUGAUGGGACAGAAGGUCAGUCGGCCCCAGUGAAUGUACAGGGUUAUUCACUAUAUUUUGACCCCCGUGUAAACUGCUUUAUUUACAGAAUAAGAAAAAAAUGUAAAAUACAAAAGUUAUUCGAUUUUUAAAUUAUGAUUUUUUGACAUAUAUCGUACUAGUGACGUCAUCCAUUUGGGCGUGAUGACGUAAUCGACUUGUUUAAACUGGAAUGUUUUUAAACGGGAAUAGGGGUCGAGUGCUAGCUCAUUUGAAAGGUUAUUCAAUUCCCUAUUCAGUAAUAUAAACAUUAACAUGAUUAAUUAUACAGGGUGCCCAAGAAAAAUUUUUUUAAUGAAAUUAAUUGUUUAAUAAUAAUUCAAAUUUUUUUUGGACACCCUGUAUAAAUAAUGAUCUUAAUGUUUAUAGUACUAUAUAGAGAAUUGAAUAACCUUUCAGAUAAGCUAGCACACGACCCCUAUUCUCGUUUAAAAAAAUAGUCGAUUACGUCAUCACACCCAGAUGGAUGACGUCACUAGUACGAUAUAUACGUCAAAAAAUCGUAAUUAAAAAAUCGAAUAACUUUUGUAUUUUAUAUUUUUUUUUCUAAUUCUGUAAAUAAAGCAGUUUACAAGGGGGCCAAAAUAUAGUGAAUAAUCCUGUACAUUCAUUGGGGCCGACCGACCGGCUCUGUCCCGUCAUACAGCUGACCUGUCAUAAUAACUUUUAUUUAUAUUCAAUUUAGAAUGUGUGUACUGAUUGUCAGCCUUAGUAAAUGGAUUUAAUUACCUUCGUAGGAAAGCAACUUUGAUACCCUCUCAGUAACCCCUGUUCUACGUUUCGUUUGACCGACCGCAGUAUGUUUCUCUGCACAAUCACAGUAAUCAACUGUGAAACAUUUAGCUUUAGUAAAUCCAAAGAGAUUUUUCAGCGCUGCCUCUCCGUCUAUAAUGAUUUCAACUUCAUUCCUAUAUUUUUGUGAAUAAAGGUCCUAAAGUUCGUUUUUGUAUAGCAGUCAUCAUAUUCAAGCAUUUGUCAGCAAAGUUUGUCAAACAAUUCAUAUUUAGUAUGAAUAUUAAUAAUAUUUUGAGGUUAUGUUUGUACUCUAAAGAUAUUAAUUUAAAUAGUAAAACAGUUUUUCAACAAUAUUCGUAAAUUAUUUGGGUAACAAAGUGCUGAAGUCGUCUCAUUUUUAUACAGCAGUUAUGAUAUUUUAGAUAAUCAGCCCCUAAGCAACUGCUUUUUAAUAAUUUCACAUUUAUACCAAUCAUUUAGGGGGGUUAGGCGCAAAAUCUUGGUCCAAUGCUAUUUAAAUGCAUCAAUUUUUUCGAAUCCUGAGAAAACUAAUAAUUUUUUUUUUUGAAAAAUUUAAACGCAGAAUGAAAGAUUACAUUAUUACCGAGGGCCGAAAGUCCCUUAGAAUAAACAAAUAGUUUCUUUUGAAUGAAAUAUUUAAAAUUAAAAAUCACACUAAAUGUUCUCUUUUUUUUUCACCCCUGUAACUUAUUAACAUAUAGAAGUUUUCAGAGACUUUAGGCCCUCGGUAAUAAUGUAAUCUUGUAUUCUGCGUUUAAAUUUUUAAAAAAUACCUAUUUGUUUUCUCAGGAUUCAAAAAAUGAAUGCAUUUAAUUGGAUUUGACCAAGAUUUUGCGCCUACCCCCGUAAGGUUUUAUUGCGGUUCUGUGGAUAUUAAUUUACAGUAAAAUUUCAUUAAAACAGUUUUUUUCAAAUUUAUUCUUUAUCUGAUAUUGAACAUAUUUUUCUUUACUGUGUCGAAAGCUACUCUAAGGGCCGGUUGUUCGAACGCUAAUCAAGAAUUAUAUAGUCCUCUAUAGCAGGGGUUCUCAAUCUGUGGUACAUGUACCACUGGUGGUACAUUUCAUUAGGUGCGGUGGUACACAAAACGCAAAACCACAGCCAAAAUUCAGCAUAUUUGUAGUUAACAGAUUAUCUACCUCCAUAGAUACUUCAGUUAGGUGGUACCAAAAAUAAUUAUAAGAAUUUUGGUGGUACAUGGCUCAAAAACAUUGAAAACCAUUGUUCUAUAGCAUAUAGCUAGAAUUCAAGAAUAUAGUUGAUUAUAAUUAAGUCCCCUUAACAACCAUCAAAGAACAACACCCCUCAUUUCUUACGUCAUUCAGUUGAUUGUAAUCAGUUAUGUUAAUAAUUAUCAUUAUGAUAUUAUAACAUAAUUGAUUGAUUAAUUAAUUAUUAAUUAACAUAACAAUUAUUAACAUAAUUGAUUAAUAAAUCUCAUAAUUGUAAUCAAUUAUGUUUUCAGCAACCCAAACAAAGUUGACAUUGACAGUUGGUGACAGUAAUUAAAUAAUUGAUAAUGAUCAGUUGAUUCCAUUUUUGAUUAGCGUUCGAACAACCGGCACUAAGGGCUAAUCAAAAAUGGAAUCCACUGAUCAUUAUCAAAUAUUUAAUUACAAUUCUAUUUGAUUAAGCCUACUUCUGACAGAUGUCACAUUUUGAGGUUAUGUUGACUGACUUAUUUUAUUAUUUUGGUUUUAAUUUAAAAUAGACCAUAAUUAAACUCUUUCUGAUGUUAAUUUCUUGUUUUUACUUACAAAUCAAUAAUAACAAUAAGCAAUUUUUAAUAAUUUACCUACAAUCAAUGAAUGAUUAGUGUUUUACAUGUAUUUUUGAUGUCUUGAUUUGAUUCCCAUCAAGAAAAUUGAUUACAAUAAACUGAUUGAUUAUAAUCAACUUCUUGAUUAGCGUUCGAACAACCGGCCCUUAGUCUAACGAAAAUCGAGAGUUAAAAAAAAUCUGUAAAAUAAACAACAAAUUUGAAAUAAAAGUGCAUGAUGGGCUUUCACAUGAUAUUAGGUUUUGUUAGGAAAUGUUUAUAUGGUGCUUCUUUUGUGACUUACGAUUUUUGUAGUAUCUUAGAUAUAUUUUUAACAAAUUAAAGUCAUUAAGUUGUAUAUUGUACGUGGAAAUACGUUUUUUUAUAUAUAUAAUUUUGAGGUAUUUUUUAAAGUAAGCAUUAUUUUGUAAAAAAAACAAAUGGAAGUCUUUCGAUUGUACGAUUACUACAGUACAUACUGCCAUUUUUAAACUUAUAACCCAUUUAUGUACCAUGGUUAUGGUUAUAACUUCCAAAGCCUUAGAGCAGAUAGAGAUGGUCCUGCCUGAGCAAGCCCUAUCUAUUAUCUCCUGAGCACAUACCAGGAUCGCAAAGAUCUGGGCCUGAAAGACUGAUGCAUGGGAGCCGAGAGACUUGCUAGACUCAAAUUCACUCUGGACCCAUCUGUGAAGCAGGUAAACCUGCUCCGACGGAUCAGUGCAGGUUCUCAUUCCAUCCACUUAACCUGGCCAGGAAAUUGAACCAGGAAGGAGGAUGAGAAAUUGAGGUCCAUGCUGUCCUGUACUAUUCGCUCCGAGCGUUAACAAAGUGUCAAAGCAAAAUCGACCGACCUGCUCAUGGUGGCGGUUUUUUGAAAUUUUAUAAGGACGCUUUGUGUAUGUUUAAAUGAGACAUUUAAAAAAAAUGCCGUGUCACGCUAGUGAUAUUAUGUAUUAAUAUAAACAUAAAAUAAAAACGCACUUAAUCUGAUAUAAAUUCUUCACUUUCCAAUAUUGAUUAUCAGUUUGAUUUUGUAUACAUAACCUCACUAUCGAAGUUUAUGUCAAUAAAUCUUUAUUAACGAAAAAGAAAAUAUUUUUGUUGCACUAUAAAUUACAGUAUAAAUUAAUAACUAAUGAAUUCUAACAAUUGUAUUCGGUUAUUAUCACUACAAAAUAAAAUAUUCAAGUUUAACAAAAUAAUCCCAUAAGGCUCAAUGUUAAAACGUCCUUACAAAAUCUGACAGCGUGUCACGUGACUGUAAGUAGAGGGGAGACGCACGGAGCCAAUAGAUUUAUGUACCAUUCCAUGGGUUAUAAUGUUUUAUCUGAUAUGAUAAUUUCAUUGGUUUCAUAAGUACCAGUUGCUUUCACGUUUUGGGCGCAUAAAACAGACUGUCUAAACGAUACUUACCCUGCUCUAAAAAACAUACCAAUAAUGUGAUUUGUUAAAAAUAUACUAUUAAUUAAAUAAAAAUUGAAAUUAUUGUUGACAGUUGUAGAGAUUCGGGAAAAUAUUUUCCAUAUUAUUUGUAUAUGUUGUUAAGUGUUUAAAUACUCGAUUUGAUCUUCUUAAAUUCCUUCUGUGAUAUACGAUUAAAGAUCCAAUAUCUAUUUUAAUAUUCAAAAAACGUCAGAAUUUGUGGAUAGUUAGGCAAAAAUAUUAUUUAUAUUAACUGUGCUUGGAAUUACUACCUUGCAAAAUGCGAUUAUCUCCCAUAAUAUAUUGCUUCAAUAGGGAACUUGAAUUUUUUUUAUUACAUAAUAUUGUUCAGUUUUGUUUAAAAAUGAGAUUUUCAAAAUUUCACGCUUCAAAAACUCAUAAUAACUUAGAAGUACAAAUUUAAAGUCUUCUAAAAUGAAUAACCAUUUUCAAUUUCGUUGCAAAACGAAAAUACAGCCGAACCAUAUUCCAGUCCAAUCAGAGAGUGCUGCAAGCACCUCUACCGGUUUCGAAACUCAUUAGUCUCUCAUCAGGAGGCACAUAUGCUGCUCUCCCUGAUCCAACCAAAACAAACCCCAGCGUGCAGUCCCGAAUUGCAACGAACGAAACAGAGAAGGUUCCCAUUGUUUUCAUUCUGGUGGGAUAUGUUAUGUGCCAUUAGAGUGAAAACUUAGUCUUUUUUUUAAAGUCUUCUCUAUUUUAAAAUAGUUCAAACGACCCGUGACGUCACAUAGUUUAACUUUGCGGUUAUAUUUUAAUUUAUGGUUAUAUUUAGGUGUAUUCUUUUCUUCUUCUUUACUUUAUUGGCCUCCACCUACUUGGGUAUUUGGCCAGCUCAUCGUCGCGGAAUAAGGGAAAAAUAUUUAUAUUCUAAUGACAUUUAUCGUAUGUCAUUGUUAUAAUAUAUAUACCAGUUUGUUGAGAUUGGAGUUUGAUACAGUUUUUGAAAGAAAUGAAAGAAGGUUUACUAUGGAAAAUAAAAGAAAACACCAUAAGUCUUGUUUAGUGUCAUUUUCUAAAAGUACAAGUUUUCUAUGGAUUUAAAAUAGUUAAAACGAUCAAAUGUAUUUUCUACUGACGUUUAUAAUGUCUUAGACUAAGAGCCGCUAUAGGUGAAAUUUCUUAAUCAUUUUAGGCACGAUGGGACCCUAUAAUUUAAAUAGUAGAACCUAAAAGAAAACGUUUGAACACUGUGCCGUCACUUUUCAGUGGCACAUGCGUCGACAGUGGCGCAUCAAACUUUCCACGUAUCGACGGGAUAAAUAAAUUAAAAGUUACCCUCCCUUACUAACAGAAUUAAAUUUUUUUAUUUUUUUAAGUUUUAUAUGAUUAACACAUAGGAUUCAGCGUGAUUUUAACCCACCACCCCUUCCCCCCACCAUCAAAAACUUCAUUUUUCGUUUUUAUUUUUUUUUUUGGUAAGAUGCAAUCAAUUUUAAAAUUUCAAAAAAUUCACACGCAUAGCCGAGGCUUUUAUAAAACAUGCCUAUUUUUUAUACACCCAUAGAUAGAGUGUACAUAACCUCAAAAAAUUAAAAGAUUUUUUUUUCAAAAAAGCGUAUAACUUUUUUUGAGGAAUAGCUACAGGUCUAAUUUUUUCUUAAUCUUGUGUGUUUUAUCAAACACUAUAUUUUUAAAUUUUUUCAGAUUUUUCCGUAAGGCUCCCCACAUUCAAAAAUCCGAAAAAUUGUUUUUGGGGGGUUUUGGGGGAUUUUCCCUAUUUUAUAGACUUCAUAAUAUAUCAGAUCAAUUUUGUUUUUAUAGGUUAUACGUAACUUGAAGUAACUGAGUCCUUUAGAAUAUUUAAAAAUCAGAAAAACACGUUCAAACCCCCCAAAACCCCCUUAAAAAACAGUUUUUUGGAUUUUUGAAGGUGACCAGCGGUACAGAAAAAUCUGAAAAAAAUUAGAAAUAUAGUGUUUGAUAAAAUACACAAGACUAAGAAAAAAUUAGAUCUGCAGCUACCCCCAAAAAAAAGUUAUAUACAUUUUUUCAAAAAAAAAAUUUUUUGAGGUUAUGUACACUCAACCUAUAGGUCUAUAAAAAAUAGACGUGUUUUAUAAAAGCCUUAACUAUGCGUGUGAAUUUUUUGAAAUUUUAAAAUUGAUUGCAUCCCACCAAAAAAAAAUAAAAUCGAAAAAUAAAGUUUUUGAUGGUGGGGGCAGGGAGAAGGGGGUGGUGGGUUAAAAUUACGAUGAAUCUUAUGUCUUAAUCACAUAGAUCUUUAAAAAAUGAAAAAAAUUAAAUUCUGGUAAUGAGGGAGGGUAUUUUUUAAUUUAUGUAUCCCGUCCAUAAGUGGAAAGUUUGAUGCGCCACUGUAAACGCAUGUGCCACUGAAAAGUGACGGCACAGUGCUCAAACGUUUUCUUUUAGGUUCUUCUAUUUAAGUUAUAGGGUCCCGUCGUGCCUAAAAUGAAUAAGAAAUUUCACGUAUAGCGGCUCUUAGUCUAUCUAAUUUAAAAUUAUAUACAAUUUUGUUUACUUUGUUGGUGUAAAAUGUAAACAUAUAGCCAUAUGACGUCACGACGCAUUUUGGGCUAGCUGCAAUAAUUUGAAUUUAGAAUCGUCUUUAGGGGCCAAACGGAACACAAAAACAACUUUUUUAUCUUUGAUACAUGUUUUAAAUUAUGUUCCGUUCUGAUUUAUAAAAAUUUUUUCGAAUUUAAAAUUUUAUGCAAGUUCCCUAUUGUAUUUCAAUCAAGCUGUCAAUGCCAUGACAGAUGUUAGAGAAAUGACACCUGCACAAUAACAGUUAUUUGUCAUAAUAUAGACAGUUUUGACAGGUUGAUCAAAUGUGUAGCUGUUAGUGACAGCUGUCAGUAUAAUGCUUUAAUUCGAAUAUAACACAUUCGAAUAUAAAUAUAAUGCUUUAAUUCGAACAUAACACAAGCUUUAAACAAAAGACAAAGAUAUAUAAAUCAUGCUUAAACGGCUACAUACCGUAAAACUACAAAAAUAAUAUUUGUUAUAUAUUAUGUUUAAUGCGAAUAAUCCACAAUUUUAAUUGGAAAUACGAUUUUCAUCUCAGAAAUUGUUGUUUUCUCGGUUUAUUCCCGUUAAAUAUAACAUAAUAUAGAAAGAUCACAAGAAAAUAAUUAUAAAAGCUUAUUACCAUGAUAUAAUUAUUUAAAAAGUUGUCUCAAAUAUUUUUGAAGCUAUCCACAUACAAAAAUUAUCAAAACCCGACUAAUCGGUUGCUAAAAAUGUUAUAAAUUCGUGAUUAAUCCAUUCUACUGUGGUAUUUUCUUGCUUAUUUUUAUUAUUAUGAAAGAUGUUUCGGCUUCGGAUGCCUUAGAAAUACGUUGUAAUUUGUGAUUUGUUGUGAGUCCGUAUGCGAAUGCAAAAAGCGGAAGUCAAAUUUCCUCAUGUAAUUAGUGGUUAGUAUAUUCAUUUGUCGGGCCCUUUUUUAAAUAAAGAUACAUUUAUUUUA